GUCACAUAGUAAGAUCAAUUCGAGCUGAAUCGACACAUCACAAAACAUAAACAUUAUCAGUUCAUAGAGUUGCAGUUUCGGUGCAGUUGCUUGUUAACAUAUAGGCAAAAGGUCACAUUCCACAAUCGAAUUAAAAUGACGAAACUAAUGGAAUGGCUGUUCGUGUUAAGUGUGUUCCUAGUCACCUACGUUGCCAUCGUAACAAAACAAAUACAGUCCGGUGUUUUUGACAAUUGGAUGUUUGAAAUCAAACUUGCGCCACUGAUUUUCAUUAUUUUAUUUGGUGCCUAUGCAGCAUUCACCGUUCUCUACAGAGUGUUCACAUUCAAUGACUGUCCGGAAGCAGCCGAAGAACUACAAAGACAGAUCAAAGAGGCUAGGGACGAUUUAACGAGUAGAGGCUUUCGGUUCAUAGAGAAAAGUAACUAGUGAGACUUUGUGUGGCUGCUUAUGCGAAAAUAUAAAAAAUUGUUUUUUUACUUGAUAAAAUG